GCAUCAUAAAAUAGUUCAUCAAUAAUGAUGAAGAGCUCUACAAUUCGGUAUCUAAUUUAUUUUGAACGCAUAAAAAGGAAUUAAAACGCAGUCCGUGGUAACCAUUUGUUGAAAUAUCGUUCGCUAUUGUCUAUUCGCAUACUUUGUGAUUGGCUAUCACUAUUUUGACAGUUCUAGUUGUCUUAUGUGAUGUGUGCAAAGAAAUUAUAUGCAUCGCCACGAAACAGUAAGCCCCCUAGAAGAGCCCAGAACUAGCCCAGUCUCAUAUGUUGUUCUGGAAGAAAACGAAACCUGACAAGAUAUUUUGAUAUCAAGGGAAAACACUUGGGCUUAGGGCUUAGGGGGCGUGUUGCCCGUGAAUGACAAUUUGCUAGUGAUUAGAGGUUGCAUCAUCAUCAUAAAAGAAAAAGAAAAACUAGAAUAGCCUUAAGACGGUUGGAUAAGUCUGGGCUAUCCGUAUUUAAAGUUACAAUGAGAAAGAACCUCGUCUACAGCAUUUAGGAAAACAUUAAGUUGCAGCCAUGUCCCUGGCACCUGUGGUUACUGGUAUAUCCCCCAUAGAGGGAGUACCAGGAACCAAAGUGACCAUUCGUGGAGAAAAUUUAGGAAACCGUCCUGAAGAUUUGGUUGGUCUGACAAUAUGUGGUGUAGAUUGUCUUAUGACUGCCGAAUGGAAAACGAGCAACAAAAUAAUAGCACGGAGUGGUGCUGGCAUUGGAAAGGGGGACAUUAUUGUCACCACAGUGCAAGGCAAUCGUGGAACAUCAACAGUUCAGUUCAAAGGUUACCAGGAAACAAUGGGACCAUUAAAGGAGUCAGCAGUUUGGGUGGAUGAGACCAUAUUCCUAAACAUGGCUUUUGGUAGGAAAAGGCCAAUGUCACCAACAUCUGCUUUACAAGAUGAUCCACUUGGAUUGUCUGUGGAAGGAAAUGACCGCAAAGUCCUAGAAGAAGAUUUAGAAGAAAUGUUUCCUGGCUGUUCUGGGGAUUUGUCGUCCACAAAGUUUAGUCCAGAAUGGUUCUUGCUAGAGAGCCAUCUCUCCACAUCCUUUGAAGACUUACGUGCUGGUUUGAAUUGUUUGCGGCGUAAAGUAGAGGCUCAGAAAGAAGGCCAGAUAUCUUUUUUAAAGGCUAAUGUAGGAUCUGUAAUAGAGCAGCUUGACACUCUACUAGAGUUAAAAUGUAAAUUUGAGAGUGACAUUCAAGAAUAUGGUCGUAAUUCUACUCAAGUCCUUGAGAAAGCCAUUAUAGAAUGCAAAGAAGAAGCAGACAAGCUGUUUGAGGAUGUUCUUCAUAGAAAAGACAGAGCAGAUGGGACAAGAAAUGCCCUUAAUGUUCUUCAUAGGUUUAGAUUCCUUUUGUAUUUACCUGUUAAUAUUGAACGUCAUAUACAGCGAGGUGAUUACGAUGUUGUUAUUAAUGAUUAUGCGCGAGCUAAAAGUUUGUUUGGAGAUACCCAAGUGCCUCUUUUCCGACGGUUUUACAAUGAAGUGGAGAAAAGAAUUGAUGAUUUGCGUGGUGUUUUAGGUGAGCAACUCACUCAUAUGCCAUCUUCUUUAGAUCAUCAGAAAAAAAUUAUCAGAAAUCUACAUCACUUGGAAACUCCAGGUGAUCCAGCUUGGCAAUGUCUCACAGCUCAACAUGAGUACAUACUCCAUCUUCUUCUCUCAGUUCGCGAUUCUCACUUGAAUCGUGAGAUGGCUGAUCAUGAUUUGGGGUCUGGAGGUAGUAAGCUAACCUCAGGAUCAGGAGGUUUAAGGAAUACUACACCAGCAGCCAAGUAUAAUAAGAUAAUGAUGUCCUCUGUUGGGGAAUGGCAGGCUACAGCUCCAGUGCGUGUUCUUUGGGUAGAAGAAGCAUGUGAACUCUUAUCUACAAACUUUCCUGAUAUGUGGAAAUUAAGCCAGGCAUAUUUUGGGGGAGAGUUGCUCCCUCCAACUGCACAAGUUGACCAUUUCAAGCAUCCACGGUGUAAGGAAAUGAUUAUGGAAUUACUGCAUGUGUUCAGUGGUGUCAUGCGAGGAGCAAUUAUGCCACAUUCUUUAGAUCCAGAUGGACAGAACUUCAGAUUAUAUCAUGUUUGGCCAGAAGCUUCCUUAGAUCAGUUGACUCCAUGGUUACCUCAGGUCUUGCGCCAUGUUCGAGGAUGUUAUAACACUCUGCUGACACUUGAUCUUCCUAAUGAUGCGCUUGAUGUUGUCAAGGAACUUAUUUUGGAUCUGAGGGUGCACUGCCUGACAUCAUUAUUUCAGCAGACUGUAGAGCAUGUCAGAAGUCUACAUUCUAGGGAAAAGUGGCAGUUGGAGGUAGAUGAUGAAAACGGUGGAUUUACACAGCUACCUCACAUCUGUGAAAAUGUCAUUGUAGAGUGUGCCCAGCUAGUUCGAGAAACAGUGUUGGAUGCAGGUCAUCGUGAAACCCCUUUGUUAGAUCAUCCAACUGUUAGAAGAGACAUUAUUACCCUCAUACACAAUGUCAUUGUUGCUUUUGCCCAGUCUUUAGAAAAACUGAGUCUGCGAGAUCCUGAUGAGGAUGACGGAGAUUGCAAUGUGAGUGAAAAUGCCCCUGGUGUAGAGGCUCAGUUGUUAAUUACUCUGAGCAACUGUGCUUACAUGAGGAGAGUCAUUCUUCCUAGACUGAGUGAAUCGCUUGUCAGAGCAUCUUACCCAGCAGAAGAGGUUAAGGAGGCUGUGGAGCAAGCUGGUCGCACAUACACAGAGUUACAGGACCGUUUGUUUGAAGCUUACUUGGAGGAGAGAGUUGAUCCAAUUAUUGGCAUGAUUGAGAGAUCCAUGUAUUUAGGCCAGUAUGACUGGGGUAAAGUUGACUGGCCUCCCACUGAUGUUCGGACAUAUGUUAAAGAGAUAUUAAUAAAUAUUGCUCAUGUCCAUGCAGAGGUGGUUGGUGUAUGGCCAGGGUUGGUUAGUGGUCUUGUUGGACGAGUUGUAGAGGGUGUUGGAGAAGAGAUGUCCCGUCUCAUUACCUGCAUCAGCCAUUGGUCCAAGUAUGGAGGCCUGCAAGCCCAUAUUGAUCUUAGAGCCCUAGCAACUGUAUUACAAAAUCAUAUGUCACAAAGUGCAAGAGUAUCAUUCCAAGAAGCCCAAGAUACCCUCCCCAAAUUAGGAAUAGCAGAGCAGAGAAUUCAAGAAGAAGUAUUACGGAGUUUCAGAAGUAACAUGCAUUUCUUGUUAGCUUGUUUCCUAGAAGUGGAGCCUUUGAGUGAUAAUACAACGACACAUUCAAUAGUUUAAAUGACGAAUUAACCCUGUAUGAAAUUAUUCCACUCAUCAACUCCGCUUACACAGCAAUUUCCCACAAGGCAACUAUUUUCAGUCCUGCAUGGCUCCGAGCCGGAUUUUAAUACAUCAGUAGUGUUGCUUAUUGGUAAAGCAGAGAAUCUUUAUUCAAACUGAUGUGGCUUUGAUGAUUUCACAAUGAAAGGCUAAUUAUGAUUACUGAAUUUGAAAAAAUAUUGUAUAAAUUUAAAAUAAAAAUUAAUUAAAUGUAACACUAAGACAUACUAGUAUUAGCAUAUCCUGCAUUAUUUUACUUUUAUUAUAGCAUCUAUGUACCGAGUGAUAAAAUAUUAUGCUUCUCAUAUAGCUAAGUGCUUUGAUUCUCAAAUUACCAUCACAUUUCUCAUACGGUAGCCGAGUGCUUUGAUUCUCAAGCUGCUAUCACAUUUCUCAUAUAGCUAAGUGCUUCAGAUCAGACCAGAACGUAAUUCUAAGUUCUGUUUUGUGCAAUCAAUACUUAAAUUUCCCUAUGAUCCAAGUCACAUUUGUUUGUGAUUAAUUUUUCCGUUUUAAAAAACUGUGAGAGACCUGAAAUGCAAAAUUUUUAUAGCCCUAAAAAUCAAAGGUUAAAUAAAACUUAAAUGGCCAACUUGUAUAAUACUGUAAUUCAGUUUACUGUAUAUCAACAUGGACACAAAAAGCAUUUUUUUUUAUUUCAUUUAUAUGUAAAAUUCAUUUUGGUCUUGUUUUACUGUUUCUUGAACAACUGCAUACCCAUGUGGCUUUCUGAGAGUAAACUGUCGAGUUAAAAAAAUUCUUAGCUUAUAUCCACAUAACUUCCCUAUGGCCAGGGUUUUGCAUUCAAUAUUUCAUGAAGCACACUCAAUAAAAAAAUACUGUGCAUCUGUUCAGAAAGUUGUUUAACAAUUAAAAAUACUUUUCACAAAGCAGUGGUUCUUAAACUACGAAAAGAAACCCCUUCUCCUAACCUAGGAAGGGUCAGAGAUUAAGAAAUAAUGCUUAACAAGCUUAAUAUUUUCCUUUUGCGGAAUAAAAUUAUACAAAAGUCUUCAGAAGCUGAGACUGGAGGUUCUUACUGCGACUAGCUUUCAGUAGUUUAUUUUUUUUUUUUUUACAAGAAAACAAAGGCUAAGCACGAAGGAAAAUAUUGCUAAAGUUUUGAGACAAUACCUCAUCUUAUGGCUGUAAUGAAAAAACCACAUUCAUUUCGCACUUCUGAGUCAGCUCCACAAUACGUAUUUAAGUUUUAAAUCGACCAGGCUUAAAAGUUAAAAAGCUAAUAAUGCCUAUUCACUGCAAAAUAAAAUAAUGCUGACUGCCUAUAUGACAAUCCUCAUUUUAAAAAUAUUCUCAGGUAGUGUGUUAAGUGAUUUCACACUAAUGAAAAAACAACUGAUGUAACUGAUAUUCACACUAUUUUAUAUAGAAAAUUUUUAGAAAAAUUAAGCAAUGAUGUACAGUAUUUCACUUAACAACUGAUGUACCAAUAUUCACACUAUAGUAUAAUAGAAAAAAAUAAAGCAAAAUUAAGCCAUGAUGUGCAGUAUUUCACUAAACUUAUUGAAAUGAUGUGCAGUACUUCAAUGCAAAUUGCACCUUCUCAAAACUAGCAGGUAUGGGAUAUUAAACCGAGUAAGGUUCCAAGAAGUUUCUUGCCAGUCAUUCAAAAAAAAAGUGUGAGCAGUUCAUUAUUUGAAACAAUUACAAUUGAUUACCUUAUUA